CUGUGUGGGAUGUGUACAUGACGAAACAUCAACAGCGGUUUUAUUUUAGACUUGGCAUAACGAAGAGACAGAAGUAGACGUAAUUUUCAUGGGUUUUGACUCUAAAUAAUGGCAGAUGUUCGUGAAGAAAUUCGACUGAAAGCUUUCAACUGGUGUAGGGACUACCUUGGCGGUACGUGGAGACAUCUGAAUUAUAGUGAUUUUCAGAUACGCGACUUACGGGGAGUCAGUUCACACACAGAGCCACGUCAUCUUGUCUGUUCGUUUCCACAGUGGCUAGCUUGUGCUAAUGACACGGAGCCAAGAAGUGCCUUGCUUCAUCUAAAUCGUCAUCCCAUAUUCCUGACAAACAGGCAGAGCGCUCUCAAGGGGCGUAAGAACGAACCCAGAGAGGUCCUGCUCCGUGUCUACGGAGAGAUUUUCUACGAGAGCGACGCGCCGUUGCUAGACUCGAUCAUCUUUUCGUUGCUGUCGGAGCGAGAGCAAGGACCGAGGCUGUAUGGUGUCUUUACAGAGGGUCGGCUGGAGCAGUACAUUCCUUCAAGAUGUUUGACGAGGGAGGAACUGUCGGAUCCCAAGUUCUCAACGGAGAUCGCGGAGAAGUUGGCCAAGUUCCACCGUAUGGACCUGCCGCUAUGCAAGGUGCCAAGAUGGCUCAACCAGGUCUUAGAUAAGUGGACAAAUAUUGCCCUGUCGGUUGAGUUAGAUGAUCCAGUGCCACAGCGGAUCCUGGAUCAGAUCAGAUCACAUGACCUCAUCAAGCAACUCCAAUUCGUCAAGGGACUGAUUGCCAAUUCCAAGAGUCCAGUUGUUUUCUGUCAUAACGACUGUCAAGAAGGUAACAUCCUCUUGGCCAAAGGGAGUCCAACACUGAAGGAAAACUCAUUGGUGCUGAUCGAUUUUGAAUAUUCCAGCUACAACUACAGAGCGUCAGACAUGGCUAACCAUUUCUGCGAGUGGGCGAUCGAUAACAAUAAAGAGAGCGCGCCGUUCUUCUCUCUGAACCCUGAAGACUUCCCAACGGAGGAACAGCAGCUGAAGUUCAUCCGGACGUACCUUGCAGAGUUUAAAGACGAGGGCGAUCGAGGCGAUGGGGACAGUCCCGAAUGCAACCGCAAGACGGCGGAGGCGGUUGAGAAAGACAUGCUUCGAGAGAUACAGAGGUUUACUCCGAUUAUAAAUUUUUUGUGGACCACAUGGAGUUGCGUCCAAGCUAAAGUUUCUCAUACGACGUUCGGCUACAUGGAAUAUGGACUUGCCCGAUUCAACGAGUAUCUCAGAACAAAGGAAGCCUUACCCAGUGACAUGUGAUCUUUGACCUCGUCAUUUGACAUUUGACCCGAGGUUGAGAAAUCUUUAAUUCCAAAGCCUUUAUACAGCAUCAGCUGAAGUAAAUGUUUGAGCUACUCAAAGGUUCCAUAGUAUUAUGGCUCUCAUUUUUCUGUAAAUACAACUUUUUUUCAUAAACAUUGCAUGAAAGUUGAAUAAUUGCAGCUGAAGAAAUGCUAUCCAAAAAAUUUGUUUUUCCUUUUUUUCUUUCUUCUUUUAUUCAAACUUGACUUCAGCUCAAAUUCUUUACAAUAACUCAUCAGAUAAAAUUAAAAAAACUUUUUUAUUUUUCAUUUAAUAAUUAUGAAGCAACUUCCAUAAUUAAUAUUUCUUGCCAUAUUAAGAGAGGGUCAAUUAUUUAUGUUGACGUGACUUCCCCGCUAAAACCAGGCACUUCUCAGAUGAAGUGAAAUGCCAUUAAAAGUACAGCCAACCAGAACAUUAGACUUGACUCAAGUCCCAAUCCCGUGAGAUUCCUUUCAUUUUCAGUCCCAUAAGCCUGUUCGUUACUGCUGACAACGCAAUGGGAGACUUUCUGGGACGAUAGAGGGCAGCAGACUUACCGGGUAAAUCCAUUGUUCU